AUAAUGAAAAGGUGUUAAUCGAACGAUAAUAUUUAUAAAAUAUAUAGAAAGACAUUUUCUUUGAGGAAAUAUCAUAUGAAAAAUUGAAAGUGCCAAAGUAAUGAUGUUUGAAUUAGAUUUGUAAUAUAUGUAUGUAGCCACGCGAUUGACACGUCACUUGUAACGAACCAAUAAUAUUCAAUUCUUUCGAUCCGGUUUUUAAAUGUUGUUCCAAUCGUUUCUUUUUUAAUUCAUAUAACUUUAGUUGUUCUGUCCGGACAUUAUUAAACAGUCAAAAUGAAGAUGGCCGCCGAGGUGAGGUGGCUCUUAAUAUAUCUCGCAAUUCCAACAUUUAUUCUUGUUUCUGCCGAUAUUCCUCAUCGAAAAUUUGAGUAUAAAUAUUCUUUUAAGCCACCGUAUCUCGCACAAAAGGAUAGAUCCGUACCUUUCUGGGAAUAUGGAGGAAAUGCCAUUGCUAGUGCCGAAAACGUUAGAGUAGCACCAUCAUUAAGAAGUCAAAAGGGUGCAAUAUGGAUGAAACAACCAAUUAAUUUUGAUUGGUGGGAAGUUGACUUGAUGUUCAGAAUCACUGGUCGUGGUAGAAUAGGUGCGGAUGGUUUAGCAUUUUGGUAUACUAGUACCAAGGGUGCCUACAAUGGCACAGUUUUUGGUAGUUCUGACCAAUGGAAUGGCCUUGGAGUUUUCUUUGACUCCUUUGAUAAUGACAAUAAACACAAUAAUCCAUAUAUUAUGGCUGUGCAAAAUGAUGGCACAAAAAUUUUUGAUCAUGCCAACGAUGGUACAACACAAUUACUGGCAGGUUGUUUAAGAGACUUUCGUAACAAACCUUUUGCAACACGUGCAAGAAUAGAAUAUUACCAGAAUGUAUUAACGUUAUUGUUUCAUAGCGGUAUGACAAAUAAUGAUCAAGAUUAUGAGACUUGUUUCCGGGUGGAAAAUGUAAUUUUACCAAAGUCUGGAUAUUUUGGUGUAUCAGCAGCUACAGGUGGUUUGGCUGAUGAUCACGAUGUAAUACAUUUCUUAACAACAUCAUUACAUCCACCUGGUCAAUUACCUAUAGAUGGUUACAAAGUUUCUGUGGAAGAUCAGGUUAAAUUAAGUCAAGAAUAUCAAGAUUAUCAAAAAAAAUUGGAGCAACAAAAGGAAGAAUAUCACAGAGAACAUCCAGAUCAACGUAGAGAGAAGGAUGAAUUUGAAGAAUAUUUUGAAACAGAUAAUCAGAGAGAAUUGAGACAGAUAUUUUCUGGACAAAGUCAAAUGUUCAAUGCAUUAAGAGAACUUAGCAGAAAGUUAGAUGAAAUUGUUGGAAGACAAGAAAGAACAAUUAGUUUGAUUUCUCAAGUUCAAGUGGGUGGAAUAGGAGGACAAGGACAGCCAAUUCAGUUAAUAGAUACUAUUCGUCGUCAAGAAGUCGAUGCUGUUCUUAAAAAUCAAAAUAUUUUAAUUAGCACAGUUCAAGAAAUUAGAUCUUUUAUAGGCGAUGUUAAUUCUAAAACAGAUAACAUUUUAAAUAAUCAGGCCCGCAAUCCAACGGCUCAAGUGCAACCGAUGGGCUAUGACUAUCAAGCAAUAAUAUCCGAAAUGCGAGAUAGACUUAAUGUAUUGAUGAGAGAUAUUGCACAAACUAAUACAAAAUUGGCAGAUUGUCCAACAACAAAUUGUUUAACAACAAUGAUGUUCCUUUUGUUUGUGGCUAUACAAAUGAUAAUAUUAUUAGCAUAUAGUUUAUAUCGGGAUAACAAAGAAGCACAAGCUAAAAAGUUUUAUUAGUGAAGAACAAAUAAUAGUGAAUGUGUGGCGAGAGAUAUGUAAAAGUGUAUUGGGUUGGUGUUAGUAUUCAUCACUGUUCGUAUUUCACCAACUAUGGUUUUACUUAACAUCUGUAUAAUAAAUGGAUCUUCUCAUUGAUCAGAUUGAUCAUAUAAUCAUUAACGUCAAGUGGACAAAUACAAAAUUAUUGUCCAAUA